AGAAUGCGUGUGUGUGUGUAUAUGAAUACGCCAAACCAACUGUCCUUUUAUUUUUUUUCCCCAGAUCUCGCACUCACUCUUCUGCCUGUGGCUGUAAUAUACUCUCACGUAUACGCGUGCACUGAAACGCGUACAUUCAUACAUACAUUUGCCCCCGCACAGUGUAUUAAGCCUAUGCUGGUGCGCAAAGAGGCAGCGACGUACGUACGAUAUAUCUUCCUCUCGUCGGCUACUCUACUAACGCGCCUCUAAGCGGCGGCAACGACGACGACGGCGGUGGCGGCGGCGGAUGUGGUGCAUGUUUUUACAGUCGUGAGAACUCCAAGCCACUGCGCACUCCUGAAUUUUUAAGAGGCUUCGUUAACUCGUGAAGUUCAACACUCGUGUGGAUCCGAGGAGUGAAAGAUACGUCGCGUGUUUUUCUUAUUUUCAUAUACGACGAUAUACGCGCGUGCCAAGGAGGAGAAGGAUUUUUCUUUCAUCCCCGAGUGGAAUAUCACAGCCGCCAAACUGGACGCCAUAAAUUCAGACUCGUUUAUCGACGACCAGAUGAUGGACUCGGGCACGACACCGCCCGCCCAGUCGUCAUACCCGGGCGGUGACCGACAGCAAUUCUGCGUCUCCUGGAAUUCCCAUCAGUCGAAUAUGCACAGUGCAUUCCCGAAGCUGUUGAGCAGCGAGCAGUUCGUUGAUGUGACGCUGGCCUGCGACGGGGGGUCGAUUAAGUGCCACAAGGUCGUACUUUCGGCUUGUAGCGACUACUUGGAGCGACUGCUCCUCGAGAUACCCUGCACGCAUCCCAUCAUCUUUCUCAGUGACAUGCGCAUGUGGGAACUCCAGGCUCUCGUCGAAUUCAUGUACCGAGGGGAAGUAUACGUCGAACAACAACAACUUGCCAAGCUCAUGCAGGCUGCCGAGGCUCUACAGGUUCGUGGUCUGUCAACCCAGGGCCGAGACAGCAAUGGUACGACUGACACCGUAACACCCCAGUUAAGCACCGGUGGUGGCAAUAACACGACUCCUGUAAAACCCUCACCUCCAAAGGCAACGACCGCCACAUCGUCAACGGUCUCGAAUGCGGGCCCUGUCGAUUUCCCACAGUGCGACGACACCCAAUCCAACGACGAUGGCUCUGAGUCCGACUUCCUCAGCUCUAGUGGUCUCGCGAGCAGUUUACCCGCGGCUCUUACGGCAACUCCCGGACCCCAGGACCCUGCAGUUGCCAAUCCCCUUAGUGCUACCAACUUCAUGAAGAUGGAACACAGCGAGGCACUACAGCAUCUCGAGCAAGCCCUCAGUGCCUGCGAAGCUACCCUCACCGAGUCCCAGGGCAUGGUAAAGAUGGAGCCAGAUGAACACCAACUACUGGCACAACAGGAAAAGCCAUACUCUAUAAGAGCCGUACCCCCUGGUAACUGCGGCAGUCCUUUUCCCGCUAUAGAAGGUUACCAAAGACGACAGCGACGAUCCGAAGCAGAACUUAAGCAGGCUUCCGAUCUCGUAGCGCGUGGUAUGACCUUCCAAGUAGCUUCCGAAAAAUAUAACAUCCCCAUCAGUACAAUUCGAUUCUACAUGGCACGCAAGGGCAUUCUACAGAGGCGAAAGCGUGGCCGCGGCUCAAGCCAGGUUGGCGGGCCCAACAGCCAGCCCAGCAGUCCCGCGUCACCACCCUUCCAUAUGAUGAACUUCCGCCUGCCGGAGAGCCUCAACUCCAGUCUACAGUAGUGUUACGCGGUGCAGUAGUAAGUUUUGUAGAGCCAGAGCAGAGUUCGAGGAAUGUAUUGAAAGAAAAACAAAAAUGCAAAAAAUAACGUAAAUGUGUCGCCCACAAACUAGAGCUGUUUCGAAGACGCGCUUCCCCUUUUUUCCCUUCCAACGAGUUUUUCUUCCAUGCGUGUGUCAGAGCGCACACCAAAUGAAAUCGAUCGAGCCAUUCUUAUUAUGAUUUUUACUUUGCCAUUACACAUCUGCUGCGAGAGCUAUUAUUAUUACUGUAUCAAAAUACUAUCACCAUUACUUUACU